AUGUCCGACGAAGAUGAGGUAGAGAUGGCAGCCCUCCGACAAGCUCGGGAGUUCUCCAGUCGUGGGAAGGCCAUACGCCGGCAAGAGUCGACUGGAAUGGCCAGUACCUCAUCCAGUUCUGGUAUGGGAGGAGGAGGAGGGUCGUGGCUGCUCCCACCUCCUGAGAUGCAUCUCCCUAUGCAGUUCGGUAAGCAGGGCAACCGAGUGAAUACCGAGGCAGUCCAUGAAGAGCACAUGCGAGUACCUCUCGACGAGCCUCCAACAGUGGCAGCACAAGCACUAGCUGGGGGUGUAUCGGAUGAGGAUGAUAUCGUUCGACGAGAGGCACCAAGCCGUAUACCUGAUACCCAUGAGAUAUGUCUGGACCUUUGUCCUGAAUCGAGGCAUAAGUCUCUGACUACGUUAACGAUGGACCCUAAGGGUAGCCGGAUGGUCACUGGAGGGACAGAUGGUGUGGUUAGGUAUUGGGAUCUAAAUGGUAUCAAUGCAUUGGACCCGAAGCCCUUCAGAGAGUUUACCCCACAGGAAGGAUAUCCAAUAAAUUGUGUGAGGUUUAGUAACAGUGGUGGGCAAGUAUUGGUACUACCUGCAGAUGCUAGGUGUCGUAUUCAUGAUCGUAACGGUACAAGUGCUCCUAUACAGCAGACUAUAAAGGGUGAUCAGUACAUAAGAGAUCUACAGCAUACUAAAGGCCAUACUGCUACCAUUACUGAUGGCCAUUGGCAUCCAAUGGAUCCCUCUAAAUGGAUAACAUCAAGCCUUGACUGCACUAUAAGAAUAUGGGAUAUCAACACUCCAGGAACCGGCAUGGAUAUGUGGAUACCCUGCAUUCAUACACUCAAGUGUGUGGAUAAGCGUGGUAUAUGUGGUGGUCGGGGCGGUGUUGAAAACCAACUUUUCAUCAAUUCGUGCGGGUUCAAACCCUAUGAUGGUGGCUUUAUUGUUGCAGGGUGUAGUGAUGGCAGUAUUCAGCUAUUCAAUGAACGCAAGAGAUACGGUAAGGCUGAUAUGAUAGCUCGGACAGCCCAUACCGAUGUGGUUACCGCUGUUAAAGUACUAGAGGAUGGUCAUAGGAUGCUCAGUAGAAGCUUGGAUGAUUCCUCUCUCCAUAUCGUGGGCCGCCUUCAGGUACGAUGA